AUGAUAGAAAGUGACAUCUCAUCCAUAAUGUCAGGAGUUAUUCGAAACUCAGGGCAAAAUCACCACCCCUCUCCACAGGAAUACAGGAUCCUGGCUACCCCUGGAGAUGACGACCUCCCCGGGGACCUGCAGUCACUGUCAUGGCUCACGGCUGUGGAUGUACCUCGGCUACAGCAGAUGGCGAGUGGCCGUGUGGACCUGGGUGGCUCCAGUGUGCCACAUCCACACUCAGGUGCCUUGGCUGGGGCAGCUGACCUCCAUGUGGGAGCCACCCCAGGUCCCCUUCUCCACAACCCGGCUGGCAUGGCCCCCCGAGGCAUGCUGGGCCUGGGCCCCAUAACUAGCCAUGGAGCCAGCAUGAGCCAGUUCCCUGUGGGGGACCAGCCUUCAUCCGGCCUGCAGGACAUGCCACAGCUGUAUUCGCCUGCCACCCAACCACAUUUCCCACUCCCCCCGGGUGCCCAGCAGUGCCCUCCUGUUGGCCUCUAUGGCUCCCCAUUUGGGGUGCGGCCUCCUUACCCCCAGCCCCACAUAGCUGUGCAUUCAUCUCAGGAACUGCACCCCAAACACUACCCCAAGCCCAUCUACUCAUACAGCUGUCUGAUCGCCAUGGCCCUGAAGAACAGCAAGACAGGGAGCCUGCCUGUGAGCGAGAUCUACAGUUUCAUGAAGGAGCACUUCCCCUACUUCAAGACGGCUCCGGACGGCUGGAAGAACUCCGUGCGGCACAACCUGUCCCUGAACAAGUGCUUCGAGAAGGUGGAGAAUAAGAUGAGCGGCUCCUCGCGCAAGGGUUGCCUGUGGGCCCUGAACCUGGCCCGCAUCGACAAGAUGGAGGAGGAGAUGCACAAGUGGAAGACGAAGGACCUGGCCGCCAUCCACCGGAGCAUGGCCAACCCGGAGGAGCUGGACAAGCUGAUCUCGGAUCGGCCAGAAAGCUGCCGACGCCCUGGCAAACCAGGAGAGCCAGAGGCCCCUGUGCUGACUCACGCCACCACGGUGGCCAUGGCCCAUGGCUGCCUGGCUGUCUCCCAGCUCCCACCCCAGCCACUGAUGACCCUGUCCCUGCAGUCAGUCCCUCUGCACCACCAAGUCCAGCCCCAGGCACAUCUUGCUCCAGACUCUCCGGCUCCAGCCCAGACCCCACCCCUGCAUGCCCUGCCGGAUUUGAGCCCCAGCCCACUCCCCCACCCCACCAUGGGAAGGGCUCCUGUGGACUUCGUCAACAUCAGCACUGACAUGAACACCGAGGUGGAUGCCCUGGACCCCAGCAUCAUGGAUUUUGCUCUGCAGGGGAACCUCUGGGAGGAGAUGAAGGAUGAGGGCUUCAGCCUGGACACGCUGGGGACCUUCGGAGACUCCCCACUUGGCUGUGACCUGGGGGCCUCGGGCCUGACCCCCGUCUCCUGUGGCAGCAACCAGUCCUUCCCAGCUUUGCAGGUGACGGGUCUCUAUACCACAUAUUCCACCCAGGACAGUGUGGCUGCAGCAGCUACCACCUCUUCCUCUCAGUACCUGGGCACUCCAGGGAACAAGCCCAUAGCCCUGCUUUGA